UGAGUUACAUUGUUCGUUUCACUCGUGUCUCAUUCAUUUCCACUGUUUUUCUGCCACCACAUUGCGCGUGACGUAACUGUGACGUCAACUCGCAAAAGGUCUAUAAUAAUACACCCCUAAAUGAAUGCAAAACACUAGUUAUAGCCUUAUUUACUAAAUUACUUUAUUACUGAUGUUAUUAUACAUUUGGGAAACUAAUAGGCUUGCUCAGGUUUUGAUAAAGAGCUCUGCAUGCAGCAACUAUUAUGGGAUGUUGGCGCAAUUAAGCAGGAUCAACUGAGAGAUCGACCAAUCAGGACUCAAUCACCGGUUUGGCGAUGCUGCAUUUGCUACGUGAUGUCUAGAACAGUCCAAAGGAGUGCUAACUAAAAGGUGUGGUCAAUCAUGCACUUGUAGUGCAAUUAAAUUGUUUUUAAUACGUUUUAAACAAAGUUGCUCAAGUUUAUAGGAUUGAAGUAAUAGGGACAAAUUAUGUCAAACGUUAAUUUUGUAUAUUUGUGUUAAAAGCAGGACGCGAAGAAAUUGAGAACUUGUCUGGAAAUUGUCAUCUUUUAAAGGUAAAUAUGAUUACAUUAUCACAUUUCUUUUUCUUUUUUAUAUGAGAUUUUUAACAGGCAAAAUACUUUAUAUGCUUCAGAUAAGCAUAUGUAGUUUGUAGGUUGUGAAAUGUUUUUAAACGAUCUCCUUGGUUUAUAGUUUAUUGAAGCGUUUAAAGAUAAAUGUCCCUUCAGUAUUGAGUGUGGUCUUCGGCUAGCAGAGAAAUCCCAGACUGCAGUGGUCAGACACUUUGGCUUGCAAAUACUGGAACAUGUGGUCAAGUUUCAGUGGAAUAACAUGUCACUGCACGAAAAGGUCCAGUUGAAAAACUGCACAAUGGGAUUGGUAUCAAACGUGAGCAUCAUGGAAAUGUAUUUCUUAAAAAUCUUUAUGCAUGCUCUAAGGAGAUUUCUUUCUCACGUGUGUUGUAUUCCGUUUCAGGGUGUGCAUCCGAUUUUGGAGGAGGAAUGUCACAUUAAGGAUGCCCUGUCACGAAUAGUAGUUGAGAUGAUUAAAAGAGAGUGGCCACAGCAAUGGCCUGAAAUGCUCACGGAGAUGGUGGAGCUGACCGCUUUGGGGGCUAGGAACGCUCACAACCCGGACAACCGGCAGAAAGUGGCAAAAUUUAUGUGCCGGUUGUUCGAGGAGGCGUUGGUGGGGGUGGAGGUGUCGCCGUCUAAGCCGGCCGAGGAGCGGCAGCUAUCGAAGAGGCGGGCCAAGUCCAAACACGGCGGGAAGGCCAAGCGUGCAAAGAGGGCCGCCUCUCCGUCCGCCUCUCCGCCAGACUCCCCGCCGUCGACGAGCGACUCUGAGGAGGAGGCCGUGCAGUAUCAGGAGUCGGGGGUGUCCUCGCUCGAGUCUCCCUUGAGCUUGUAAGAGUACCCCAGCCACCUCGAGCCCGAGAGCUCGGUGGCAGCCUCCUCCUCCGAGCCUUCGGCCGUGCCGUCCCCGGCGGGGUCGUCCCCUCGUAGGAGUCUGGCGUGGAGACUCCUCCGAGCCCGCCUCAGAGCCCGCUGCCUCCGAGCCCGCCGCCUCCGAGCCAGCGGCCUCCGAGCCGGCAACACGGCCUAAAAGAGUUGUCAGGACCACCAGGAGGAAACCCAUGGUGGUCCUGUCACCUCUGAAGGUGUGGCCGGUGAGGAGACCUAGUGCGUCUUACCAACUGUCCGGCUUGGCCAAAGCGAGUCGUGCGCGGGCUAAGGUGCAGCGGGCACUAAGGGAAAUGAAAAAAUAGACAUUUGAAUAUUUUGUGUUGAUUUGUCAUAUGUGUUUUAAAUCAGUUCUUAUAAUAUGUUUUUAAUCAGUUCAAAUAAUAUGUUUUUAAUCAGUUCAAAUAAUAUGUUUUUAAUCAGUUCAAAUAAUAUGUUUUUAAUCAGUUCAAAUAAUAUGUUUUUAAUCAGUUCAAAUAAUGUGUUUUUUAAAUCAGUUCUAUUAAUGUGAUAUAUGUGUUUUUGUUAUUAAUAAACGUUCAAAU